CUGCUCGACCCUCCGUAGGCAAGCCAGGUCAGACAGUCUAUUCUUAUCCCUGUGGUAAAGCCUCCUCGGACACCGUCGCCAUCGCUAUGUCGAACUUGCCGUCCAACGUCCAUGUCUCGCAGCACCCGUGCCUGCUCGCCAAGCUCAGCCAGCUCCGAUCACAAAACACACCGGCCCGUGAUGUCAAGACAUUGAUACACGACAUCGCCCUGAUCGUGGGCUGCGAGGCGCUGGCCAAGGGCCUCAAGACUGUCCCAGGCUCAACAGACCAAACACCCCUCGGUUUCGACUACCAAACCCACCAAAUCCUCCCUGACACCAUCUCCCUCGUUCCCAUCCUACGUUCCGGCUUGGGCAUGGUCGCAGCAAUCCAAACCCUCCUUCCGAACCCCGUCCCCAUCCAUCACCUCGGCCUGUACCGCGAGCCCACGACACUUCUCCCGGUCGAGUACUACAACAACCUGCCGAACCACGUGUCCGGGUCCGGGUCGGGCGGCUCCAACGCCUCGAGCCUGGCCAUCAUCCUCGACCCGGUCAUCGCCACGGGCGGGACCUGCGCGGCCGCCAUCCAGACGCUGCGCGAGUGGGGCACCCAGCGCAUCAUUGUGAUUUCGGUGCUCGGCGCCGCCGCCGGCGUUCAGGCGGCCGCCGGCGAGUGGCCUGAGGCCGUCGAGAUUUGGCUGGCCGGCGUGGACGAAGAGCUGACGGAUCGCGGGAUGCUCAAGCCUGGUUUGGGGGAUGUUGGAGAUAGGCUUUUCUUGACUAUUGGCAAGUAGUAUACUCUUUACUCUUGGUAGGCAGCAGUGACUAGAUCGAAAAGAUGAACUUUGCCUGAGGUGCAUGUCGGCGUUCUUGGCCGACGCCGCGACAAGUCUGACCUACAGUGAGA